AUGGCUAACUUAAUAGACAUAAGACUGGUUACCCAGCUUGGCAAUGCCAAAUUCCCAGAGUAUGUGCAACAGUCCCAUUCCAAGUUGCACAACGUCAUCUGGAGAACACCGCUUCAAAACAUAUACGUAGUAAAAAAACCAUGGAAUUACCACGUCCGUGAUGCAAUGGUACAGUUCAUUGACCACAUCCACCACCAUUACCCAGCAGUAAACGUCAUAGUCAACGAAGACGUAGCAGACGAGUUGGUCCACGAGUUCAGUUCGGGGGGUUGCAACGACUUGGAUAAAUCAACAAAACAUAUCUUGUACACGGGAAAAUUUGGCGACAUCGUAGACAAAACAGACUUGGUGGUGACGUUAGGUGGCGAUGGUACGAUUCUACGUGCUGUGAGUACUUUCCUGAAUGUGACCGUUCCUCCCGUUCUAAGUUUUGCUUUGGGAACGUUGGGGUUCCUUUUGCCGUUUGACUUCAAGAAGGCCAGCGACACGUUCCGUAUGGUCUAUGAGUCGCGAGCCAAGGCACUUCAUAGAAACAGACUCGAGUGUCAUGUAUUGGACCAUUAUAAACACCAGGGACAGGUUGCCACCAUGGUGCAUGCUAUGAAUGAUAUCUCGUUGCAUAGAGGAAGUCAGCCCAACUUGACGUCGUUGGAUAUCUACAUCGACAACGAGUUCUUGACUACUACCACGGCAGACGGUAUUGUCUUUCUGACUCCUACAGGUUCUACAGCGUACUCGCUUAGUGCUGGUGGCUCUAUCACUCAUCCGUUGGUUCCGUGCAUAUUGCUUACGCCCAUCUGUCCUAGAUCGUUGUCGUUCAGGCCAUUGAUCUUGCCUCUGACAUGCCAUAUCAUGAUCCGAUUGUCAGAACUCAACCGGAACUCGUCUAUUGAGUUGACCAUCGAUGGAAUCCCACAGAGAGACUUACUUCCCGGAGACUCUAUACAUGUAGUCAGCGAAAAAGGUACCAUAUAUGUGCCUGGCCAACACGAGCCACCUACCACUCUCAGCAGACAUACCAACACCGCGAACACCAAUAGUAAGGGCAUCUGGUGCAUAGCCCGCAGCGAGCACGAUUGGACGAAGGACAUCAACGAGUUGUUGGGAUUCAACUCGUCGUUCCAGGGCAAGAAGCAGUACCAUAUGUAG